AUGUCCCGCCAUCCAGCAUCACACACCCACCCUGACCUGACUUAUUCCUCCACCGACCUCCUCCUCCUCCUCCAUCCUCCCCCCCCCCUCCUUUGGCCGCAGCCAUUCCUCUCCACAUGGGAACUUCCCAAUGAGCUCAUUUUGGCCAACAGUCGACCCAUCCCGGCCAGGCUCCGUCCUGGAGUCACCUCGGACUACCGCCACUACAGCACCUCGGCCCCGGCGGGCAACAUGACGGCCCAGGUCGGCAACCACUACCAUGACGACCUGUCCGGGUUCUGGGGACCGCCGCCAGACGACCUGUACCUCCAGGACCCGCGCUUCCUGGCCUGCUCCGAGCCUCUGAGCCGCCACAUGAGCUCCGACAGUUCACUGUCGCUCUCGACGCCCGCCUCGCCGAUGCUGGGCGCCGCCGCCGCUGCCGGCAUCAGCUCCUUUUACACGCUGCAAGCCAGCGCCCCGGGAAGCCCCCUGUUCCCUCUGCUGCAGGACAUGCCGGCGGCGAGCGUCGGCUCCCCGUACAGCAGCCAGAGCGUGGCGACGAGCUGCGAGGGGCACUCGCCGCAGACGGUGCCGGAAGACUUUACGGGCGAAUCCCCCAAGGGACGAGACUACCCCGUCGUCUGCCUCUUCCCCGGCUGCGACACCAAGCCGUUCAAGCGGCGGGCCGACCUCGACCGGCACUACAAGCACAAGCAUGCGCCGGCGUCGCAAAAGGAGUCGUACUUUUGCGACUACCCGCGGUGCGCGCGGCGUCGCGACCCCUUUCACCGCCGCGACCACUUCCGCGACCACCUGCGCGAGUUCCACAAGGAGGACAUUGAGAAGCGCGGCGGCAGCGGCAGCGGUGGCAGCGGCGCCGUCAACGAGGAGUGGCUCGAGGACCGCAACACCUCGUCGGCCUGGUGGCGGUGCGCAAAGUGUCUGCUGCGCAACUACGUCGACCGCAGCGGCUACGAGUGUCCCAAGUGCAAGACGACGUGCCAGGCGAAGCGCAAGGAGCUGCGCAUGCGGGAUUGA